UCAACAGCGUACUUGUGAAGCAUUCACUAUCUCGCUCUAAGCUUCCUUGUGUGUCCGUCUGAUAUUGGGGCGAGAAUCUAGCUUUGGUCCUCAACAACUUAGGUCAACGCUCAAGAACGCCCUUCGACCUACCCAAGGCGCUUACUGAGUCUGCCUCGAACGGAAGUCGGAAUCGUUUAGAAGCCCAUCCCAGUUAUCAAUUGGAUUGUGAAACAUGGUGGAAAACUUGGCAAAUCACAUAAAUCUGUCGGAAGAGGCUGUGCGCCCAGAAUUGCCCCAACUUCGCCUUGAGUUGGACGCAAGCAAGACUUUGUCGUUGACGCUUCCAUAUGAGAUUCGGUUCUUGAUCAAGCGUUCAGAUGGCCCCGCUGACAAGCCUGUCAUCUUUGAAUGGAAUCAAUAUGACCAAGGACUUCGGAAAUCAGCUCUUGUGCUUCUCCGUCACACUGCGAACAACCUUGAAGCUAUAGCUAUUGAUCAUUCAGGUCUGGGUGACCUAAGCCGUCAUGAGCCUUUGGUGGUAAACAGCCACAGCCAUGAUCUUUGGGAGCUUGCCCCAAGAGGAACCGUUACAUCGAAGGUGACUUUACCCGAACGAUACCAGAAGUUGCUCAAGUCUGGUGAGACAUACACCUUACUAUGGCCGGGCGGUGAUAUAGGGACAUGGGAUUACGGCACUGUACGUGAGCACAUCGGUCAAGAGCUCAAGGACAAUGCGCAUGCUCUCGUUUUAGCUGGCGGGCCUCAUGUCACAUUUACUGCUCAUGUCGAGUCCCAGCCUUGGCCCAUGCGAUUAACACGAGAAGCUCGAGUUGGUCUUGACAGGGCCAAUUUGGAAGAGCAAAGGUGGCGACGUAGUCAAAACCAGACGAAAGAUACGUUCCCACCUGCAAAACACAUAGACCGUGACCCCGAUGCUCCGAAUCUCAGCGUUUUGCUUGAGUGCCCAUCUUCAUUUCGCCAGGACAUCCUUUUCGAAGUCACUGUCAAGGUUACGUAUCAUGCGGAGGCAACCGCACGACCUAUAAUAUUCCAUACACGCAUCUUCAAUGAUAUUCACUGGUAUCAAGUUGGACGGCUUUGCAAUGGAACCUGGGAGGGAUACGACAACGGAAAAAGCGGAUGUUGCGGCUUUCUGAUAGUGGACGACCCUGAUGUCCCUGUCAAUGUCAGCCAGAACGACCGGUUUGCCAGCCUACAGCCUGGCCAGUCGUGGACGACGACGCGACGCGUAGGAUAUAACGGGAUAGAGAUACCUGACGACGCUAAGAAUGGUGAAACUUUCCGCUUUGUCUUUACUGGCGAAUUAUUGGACUGGUGGAAUUGGGGGUCAAAGGCAGAUCACGAAGAUACAGUGGUUAUGUUGCCCUGCUUUCUUUGGGGACCUGUGGUCAACCCCAAAGAUAACGAUGGAAGGCCAAAAUUGUUCGUGCCAACUUCAAAUGUGGUCGAAUUUACUUUUGUAGAAUAGUCUAGAUUACCUAUUAGCUACUUCUAAUAGCUAUUGCAAUUUAG